CUCUGUGCGAAGAAAGAGAGAGAGAGGAAAGAUAGGAUUUUCUGGAAACUCAAAUGUCGCCCUAAAAUUCUCACUCACUCACUCACUCACUCGAUUCGAUUUACUUCAAUCUCAAUCAAAUCAAAACAAGAAUCAAAUCCUCUUGGAGACCUCCAAACCAAAACCCUAAAUCAUGUCAGGCGGUUUCUUUAGGGGGACGUCAGCUGAUCAAGAUACUCGAUUCUCUAAUAAACAAGCUAAAUUACUUAAAUCGCAGAAAUUCGCUCCCGAAUUGGAUCAUCUGGUGGACAUUAGGAAGGUGAAGAUGGAUGUUGUUAAACCAUGGAUUGCUACACGUGUGACGGAGUUUCUUGGUUUUGAAGAUGAAGUUUUGAUUAACUUUAUAUAUGGACUUCUAGAUGGAAAGGAAAUUAAUGGGAAGGAGGUACAAAUCCAGCUUACUGGGUUUAUGGAGAAAAAUACUGGCAAGUUUAUGAAAGAACUGUGGAAUUUACUUCGUAGUGCUGAGCAGAAUGCUAGUGGUGUACCUCAACAGUUUUUGGAUGCUAAAGAAGAGGAAAUUAAGAAGAAAAAGGAAGAAGCAGAUCGGAUUACACUUGAGAUUCAAAAGAAGAGGGACAUUGAGCAAGAGAAGGCUAAGGAGAUGGAUGGCGAGGUUGAUAAAACGAGGUCCCAGAGUGACGGUUUCCAUUCCCUCCCGAAGCGUUUGCCGCCCGUAGGCGAAGAAGAUAUAGCAUCUGAAGAAAGGAACGGUUCGAGGGGAAACAACAGGCUCUCUAGAUCUCCACAUUCAGCUCAACGUGGCCUUUCACCUAAAUUUGGCAGGAAGCUAUCGAGGAGCAUUUCUAGAUCCCCUCCACGCAGGCGCUCUAUUUCUCCUGAUAGGCGAUAUCGUUCUCCAAUUAAACGUUCCAUAUCUCCUCGUCGCAGGCCGUCACCACGAAGACAUCGAUCCCCUCUGAGACGGCGAUCUCCUUACUCAAGACGUAGAUCGACAUCACGUUCAUGGCGCAGAUCUCCUUCCCCAGCUCGACGCAGAUCUCGCUCUCCUGCUCGACGCAGAUCUCGCUCCCCUGGUCGACGUAGAUCUCCCUCCCCUGCUCGACGUAGAUCCCCUUCUCCUGUGAGACGCAGAUCCCCUAUUCCUGUGCGUCGUAGAUCGCCAUCUCCUGUCCGACGUCGUUCUCCACCUCCGAUGCGCAGGAGGUCUCCUUCACCUCGCCGGCGCAGAUCUCCAUCACCUUUUCAAAGAAGAUCUCGUAGAAGAUCACCAACUCCUCGACGCAGAUCCCCUUCUCCCUUUCGGCGUAGGUCACCAUCUCCGUUAGGAAGCAUAUCACCUCCUCGUAGGUCACCAUCUCCAAUAUCACCUAAAGUGAGCAGAAGAUCACCAAUGGGAUCUCCCCAACAAAGAAACAGGAGUCGUAGUCCAUAUAGAAGCAGGAGUCCUGUAUAUCGAAGUCGUAGGAGCUUGAGCAGGGAUCGUGAGAUUCAAACUAAUGGCAUGGGUUCUAAAACAAAUCGUGAUGAUUAUCCAUCCCAAAGGAUUCGUGGGAGAAGGUCACCAGUUCGGCAUACCCCUGAGAGGGAGGAGGUCAAAUUGUCUGAUCAGGAGCACAGGGCAUUGGAUCCUGUGUCACGUAGACCACAAGUUUCUUUGAGGUCACCACAGCGGGAACCAAGAAAGCAAAGUGGUGUUCAGCGCAAGGUACCUGUUCGGGUGCAUUCUCCGGAAAAAUCUCCAAGUGGGUCAGAGUCCCCACCACCUAACAGGAAAGUGAUUUCUGGGGAUGACAAGAGGACCUUUAGUCCAUCAGAGAGUCCUCUCAGGGUAACACGAGAACUGAGAAAUCGUGCUGAAAGUGCAAGUCCUGUGAGGCAGAUAAGAGAUCACGGUGCUCGUCACCGUGGUAGUCCAGAAACUAGUGGGGACGAAGAUGCGAGUCAUGCCAGGAGGAAUGCACGUCUUUCUCCUCGAAAAAGAACCAGGCUUUCGCCUGCAGCUGCUUCAAAGAACAUGCAUGACGAAGAGUAUUCUCCUGAAGACUCUGCUCGAGAUCAGCCUGGUGAUGCACGGAGUCGUCAUGCAGAUAAUGUAGAAUCUAGAAAGAAGGAUCGUGAUUUUAAGAGUGAGAAAGCUUCUGUGAUGGCUGAACGUCCUGGAAGGAAUACUCAAAAUAUAUCAUCACACAGUUCAGACGUAGUUGACUAUGGGCAUGGAAGGGUUGAGGGUGAAAAGUCUAAGUUGGAUGUCAUCCCUGAUGAACAAACAGGUAGCAAGAAGCGGUCCCGCUCAAGCAAUUUGGAAGGCAAUGAACAAGGUGACAAACUAGAAGCUUUGCAGAAACCAACAAAAAGGGUUGACCAUCAGAUAGCCACUUCUGAUUCUGAUUCCGAGGAAAAUGAGAAGUAUAGGAUAGGUGGAGUUGACAAGAGAAAAGAGAAGGAAUCAGAGAGGCAUCAAAUGGCUUCUGGCGAUGAUGCCAGUGAUGAUUCUCAAAUCGAUACCAAGAAGGAUGCAAAGAGAAGAAGGAAAGAAGAAAAGAGGUUGCGGAAAGAAGAGAAGCGCAGGCGUCGUGAAGAGCGCCACCGGAAAAAGGAAGAACGUCGUGCAGGCAGGCUAAAAUCCAAGUCUAAGGAUACAGUGCCUUCAGAUACUAAGAAAAACCAGAAGUUUGGUGAUGAUGAUGUUGCUUUGAGGAGGGAGUCUCAUCUAAGUGACACUGAAGAAGAUAUUGAUCCAAAGCAACAUGAGAUUGAACUGCGAAAGAGGGCUCUUGAAUCGCUCAGAGCAAAGAAAGCCAUCAACCCCUAAAUUGCUUUGUGCCCUCUCGGAACAUCUGAUCUUAUUUUCUCGUUACUUUUCUAGUUUAUGUUAAAUCAUUAUCUUUCAGUAUGGUUAUUUUUUUCUUGUAGCAUAGGACAAUUCAGUGUUUCAGUGUGAUUGUCUGUCUGAUAUAGUGUUGCUUGCUUAAUGUAGUCUGUUUUUGCUGGUGGCAGCUUGAACUGGGUAUAUGAAGAUUUCCUGAGCUAUUCUCUUGAUGUGCAAGUUAGUCCACCUUUGCUAGAUGAGAAUACUGUCAAGUAGGUGACUUGGUUGAGCAGGCCUAAUGCAGAACUACUUUUGAACAUCGUGAAUCAGGUGAAAUGUCCGAACAUGCUUUAUGGACUUCUUAUAGACGGAAGGGUUUAGUAUCUAUGGAUAAAAUCUGUACAUGUCAAUAAUGUUGUUGUUACAUUUUAUUUUGUCCUUUUACCUUUAUGUUUUAAUAUUUUGGUUUCCGACCCUUCCUGUCAUGAUGUUAGCUGUUAAAAUCAGUGGAGGCCUUCAUUGUUGAUGUCCACUGUAUUCAAAUAUCUUUCAUUUCAGAACUGACUGAAGUAAAUACCAUCAGUAAUUGCUUUUCUUAUCAA